AAAACACAUGGUCCGCCUCAGCCACCAGCUCAGCUCUUUCCCGUUUCAACAACAUCUACGCCGACGGCUAUUAUAUCCGAAGUGUCGUUACGGUCUUAAUUUUCUCUCGGGAAGUCUUUUAGUCAAGGAAAUCUUAUCUCAAAGCACCCCCACAUGGCGAAAUCUGGAUCAUACUACCUGGGACGCCGACUCAUCAUUUUACAGAAAGGCGGUUAGAACGCAACAAAAAUUUUCAGUUUUCAUAUAUUCCUUUAUUGGGUGCGUCUGUAUCAAUCCUUUCAAUCGUUGCAUCUCAAUAUGCCAAAACUCGGGGAUACUUAUGCUGUGCAAAAUUCAACUUCGCGUGGCUUGGUAUAGGCAGAUCUGGUGUGCCUUGCCUUCAUGUAAUGGAUCGUGAAGUCGGGGACAGACUUGGUGUAGUUCUAAUCUUGGCUCGCCAAUGGGAGUGUCACCGAUCGCGUUUCUGGUUUAAAAGCAUCUACUUCUUCGCACCCCGGGCCUGCAAAGUUUCAACUACCCGACCUCGUUUCAGACUGUAAUUUCGACCUUCGCGUCAGUCGUCAUCGAAAACAAAUCACUACAGAGACGAAGAAAUGGCUCUUCAAGGGCGACAAUAUUGUUGGAAAGGCCCGUAAUAAGUACAAUGGGUUGAAGUGUGGGUCGCUGUCUGCUAUGGUCUAUCCUGGGGCGGCGUAUCCUCAACUAAGAGUCUGCAAUGACUUUUUGACUUAUCUCUUCCAUCUUGACAACCUAUCCGACGACAUGGAUAACCAAGGAACAACCAAUACUGGCGAUGUUGUUAUGAAUGCCCUAUAUCACCCAGGGAAAUAUACGUCACCACGGGUCGGCAAAAUGACUAGAGAUUACUGGAACCGCCUAAUACGGACUGCAUCUCCUGGUACACAACAGCGAUUCAUCGAGACGUUCGACUUCUUCUUUCAAAGCGUUACCGAGCAGGCCCAGGAUCGAGCCGCCGGUGUGAUACCUGAUCUGGAAUCAUACAUUGCUUUAAGGCGAGAUACAUCAGGAUGCAAGACAUCUUUUGUCCUCAUUGAAUACGCGUACAAUCUUAAUAUCCCAGAUGAGGUUAUGGACCAUCCUCUGAUCCGCAGCCUAGGUGAAGCCGCAAACGAUCUUGUGACAUGGUCGAACGACUUAUUCUCAUACAACGUCGAACAAUCCAAAGGCGAUACUCACAACAUGAUCCCCGUAAUCAUGAAUGAGUUCCAGUACGACCUUCAAACGGCCGUCGACUAUGUUGGGAGCCUAUGUAAGGAAUCCAUGGACCGUUUCAUCGAUGACAGGGCACAAUUACCAUCAUGGGGACCUGAGAUAGAUCGCCAAGUUAACAUCUAUGUCGAUGGUCUGGCUGAUUGGAUGGUUGGCUCUCUCCAUUGGUCUUUUGAAUCGGAACGUUACUUCGGAAAGAGUGGUUCAGAAGUCAAAAAGACAAGAGUCGUCAAUCUCAUACCUCGUCACCAGUAAUAUGCAGAUCGCUGCAAUUACACCCUUCAACAAUCAAUUAAUCGUAUUUUAUGGUCGCCCUCUAGAAGAUUUACAAUACUAUGCUUACUCCGGCCAUCGAUCACCUCCAUCUCUGUAUCAUAAAUAUCCACAUUCGCUGUAGCAUAUCCUCUUGACGUCUUUUUUCGUUCGUUCCCAACGCCCACAUCGCUAUUCACUUCCCUGUUCCACAUUACUAUCCCCACACUCCCUCAGAAGACACUCUCGUUCCUUCUUUGGUCCUACAAUACGAACACUUCUAUUCGUUGCUAUCUUACUCCACAUUCUGUCUCCGAACAUUUACUCUGGGACUAGUUAUUACUGUUUGAACUGUUUUCUCGUGCUUCUUAUUGCUAUUUAUUGUUCACGCAUUGAUUUGAUUAUUCUGCGUACAUACUUUCGUUCGAUAUCUCAACCUCCUUGGCCCGUAUGCUGCCCCCGUUAUGGAUUACUUGACACUCACUACUAUAGCUACUACAUCAAAUAAAAAGAAGUU